AUGAAAUACGAAUACUCAAUCGUUUCAGUAGCCCUGAUGUGCUACAGUUACCAGAUUGUUGGACAUAAUAUCGUCAUUGACGCAUACAGAGCCAAAGACUCUAGUACCACAUACUGUAAAUGUAGACUCACCAGUGAUAAACCUAGUACACUGAACCUUACCAACUAUAACGGCGUCCAUCCUGGGAUAGGGUGUGGGAGUACUGUAAUGGUUCUAGCUGGUGGUACUAGCAUGUCAAUGAACUGCUUUGUGACUGGCAGACAGCUUCCAAUUAAUGGAUCAGAUGUUGAUAUUCUUAUCGAAAAUCCACAACUAGCCUCCGACACAAGAUACUGUUUAUCUAUUGAGUCAGCUGAUUUGUCAGCAGUACUAAGUGUAUCUUGUGAUGGAGAUCUUUUACCAUCUACAACAAGGAAAACUUCCUACACUUCAACAACUGAGGAGAUAAAUACAGCGACUCCAUUGUUUACAACUGAUAAAGUUCGUGACUAUUCUUCAUGUUCCUCCCAGGCCAUGAAUGCCAAAAUACAAG